AGGAGUAUCUUAAUCCACGGCGGUGUCCGCAAAAGCAAAGACUGCCUCACGACAUCUUUUGUCUACACCUGAAUAGGAGCCUCUCGGUCCAGGUCCCAGGGGGAAACUCAGCACUCGAGUGCCGAUUGACACCUGCUGCCUCGUAGCAAUCUACCCGACUUCCCACGCGCGUUCUCGAACUCGAUUCCUGUCACAACGCCUUCCGCUCGCAGCUCGACUUCAAUCAUCUCCAGCUUGUGAUUCUGAAGUCACCAGAUCAAGAUCUACGGUUAUAAGAGCUACGGUCACAAGGGUCGAUACAACGGCAGCAGUCAAGUCCGCAAGGGAAGAUGGUGGAAAUCUCACUUGUGCCCGGCGGCACUGGCACCAAUUACACUGGCAUGCUGACUAGAAGCAUUGUCUUCUCCGCUGCGCUUUUCGUGUUUCUUGCUGCCUCUGGGAUGACAGUAGCUUCCAUAAUAGUUCCGAACUGGAUAGCAUAUGACGAGACGACGAACGAUCAGUCGAUACAUUAUACCUAUGGGCUGCAUCAAAGAUGUUCCAACACAAAUAUCCCUCCUCCUUCAAUCAACUCCGACUUUACUUCAGCUGCUAUGCAUUGCAUACAAUUCCCUCGUUACAACGACUGUCGUGGGGAUGACAGGUAUUUCUGCAGCAUGUGGAGGUCGGUUGGGUUUCUUAUGUCCUUCGCAGUGGUCUUGGAAGGCAUGACACUUGCAGCCUUCACGAUCCUGCUGGUUGGAGGCAAACAGAAAAGGGAACAAGGCUGGGGAGUGCUCACGAUUCUCGUCGUACUCGCCGCGUUCGCCCAGGCUAUUGGAAUGGCCCUGAUGGCAUAUUUGUACGAAAAUGACGAAAGAUUCUUCUCAGGAUGGUUUUUGGACAAGAGCUGGACCAUGUGCACCGUCUCCUGGAGCUUCCAGGUCUUAUGCGCGAUCGCGAUCACACUAGCCGCCCUUGUCCUCCCGAGCGAAGGUGGCUACGAAUUGAUACCUGACCAUGCUUGAGAUGUGAAGACGUAAGAGACCAAAUGAGUGACGCAGAGGGUUGACUUUUCAACCUGCAUUGAUUCGGCGUUUGGGCAAAAUGAUCUCUUGUUGUUACAGUAUCGGCCAAUGGAGGCAGGCGGCUGUUUUCUGGGAUCACGAAUAUAGUUUGCGCAAUUCUACCGAGUCGUCACCCAUGGCGCUAUACACGGGUAGAGGCUGCGAGCAUAGAUGAUGAAUAAAAUCGAACAAGCAAGAGACUCCAGUAGUUUCGGAAGCA